CACUCGUCGUCAAAGCCACUGGGGCGUGUAGCACGAGCAGAGCAGGGACAAUGCUUGCCAGGAUUGUGCAUGAGCAUGAGGUGAAGAAGCGGGAGCAGGCGCGGACCAAGGCACAUUUGCAGCGAACGGCAGUGGCGGCGGUUCAGGAGGUGUCGGACGUGCUGCUGGACAAGGUCAACUCGGGCGUGGCGCAGGUCUUUGCCAACCAGCGUCUCAUCGAGGGCGAGGCCAAGACCCUACAUUCCCAGACCUCGCGCCUUGUCAAGCAGACCGGCCAGUGGGUGACUGCCGUCGAAAAGUUCAAUUCGGCCCUCAAGGAGCUCGGUGACGUCGAGGCCUGGGCGAGGGCCAUCGAAAGCGAUCUCCGUCACGUCGCCGCCUCUCUCGAGUAUGUCAACGACGCCACAACGUCGUCGUAGUACACCAUACGCUCCAGAUCUAAACUCAAUCUGCCGUCUAGCAA